UUCUCGGCAGGUGGGUCGACUCGGCGCAUCGUCGCGGGUCCGGGAACGAGUCGAGGUAGCGUGGGCUGUGAUUCGGUUGAGUUGAUCCUCGAGCUUCUUGGCGAGAUUCCGGUUUGGAGGAGGAGGUGAUUCGCGGAAUGAAGCGGUUCUUCUUCGUUCAAAUCUGAAAAAAAAAAAAGCGAGAAAGCGAGGGUUCGUCUCGGCCUAAAACCAUUGGUGUGGAAGGACGAGUGGUGGGUAUUCCAGAAACAGCUCUGGUUAGCGAAGGGAGGAUAAUGGAUGCUCUCUGCAUCUUGUCUUCAGUUUUGCUUGUUGGCGGGAGCUUGUUACGAGCAAAUGCAGACUUGGUAGGUGAUAAGCAGGCCCUGCUUGAUUUUGCCGAGAAUUUACCACACUCUCGGUAUCUCAACUGGACCGAGGGUUCCCCUGUUUGCAGCAACUGGAUUGGAGUGACUUGCGAUAAAGAUGGGUCCAAGGUAAUAGCCUUGAGAUUACCUGGCGUUGGAUUUCACGGCCCGAUUCCAGCCGAUACACUCGGCCGCCUUUCGAAUUUGCAGAUCCUUAGUCUCCGAUCGAAUGCUAUAACCGGGAAUUUUCCUUCCGAUUUCGCAAACUUGAAGAACUUGUCGUAUCUCUAUCUUCAGUCCAACAAUUUCGCCGGUCCUUUGCCUCAGGACUUUUCAGUUUGGAAGAACUUGACUAUUGUGAAUCUUUCCAACAAUGCCUUCAAUGGAAGUAUCCCUUCUUCGCUCAUGACCUUGACUCAGCUAGCUGGUUUGAAUCUUGCCGAUAAUCUCCUUUCUGGCGAGAUUCCUGAUCUCCAAAUGCCCCACCUGCAGCUGUUAAAUUUGUCUAAUAAUAAUCUGCAUGGUCGUGUUCCAAAGUCACUUGAGAGAUUUCCUAGCUCAGUUUUUGCUGGAAAUGACCUUUCCUUUCAAAAUUCUACUCCCCAUCCUUCUCCUUUUAUUUCACCUUCUUCUGGACUUCAUCUUAGGUCCAAGAAUCCUAGGAUGCUUAACGGCACAGCACUAUUAGCGAUCGUCAUUGCAGGUUGUGUCGUGGCACUUGCUUUAGUGGGCAUUCUUAUUUUCAUUUGUUGCUUGAAAAGGAAAGGUGAAGAAAAGUAUUCAGGGAAGUUGCACAAGGUAAGAAUGUCGCCUGAGAAAGCUAUUUCAAGUAGUCAAGAUGCAAACAAUAGGCUGGUUUUCUUUGAGGGAUGUAACUAUGCAUUUGAUUUGGAAGACUUGUUGAGGGCUUCUGCUGAAGUACUUGGAAAGGGGACUUUCGGUAUAUCUUACAGGGCUAUUUUAGAGGAUGCAGUGACUGUAGUGGUCAAGAGGUUGAAGGAGGUUAGUGCUGGUAAGAGAGAAUUUGAGCAACAGAUGGAAAUUGUUGGGGGCAUUAGGCAUGAAAACAUUGUUGAGCUGAAGGCUUAUUACUACUCCAAAGAUGAGAAGUUAAUGGUGUAUGAUUACUACAGUCAGGGGGGCCUCUCCACUCUUUUACACGGUAAGAUAGGCGAGGAUAGGUCCCCUCUAGAUUGGGAUACUAGAAUGAGAAUAGCCCUUGGGGCAGCUAGAGGCAUAGCUCGUGUCCAUUUGGAGAACAACGGGAGACUUGUACACGGAAACAUCAAGUCAUCUAACAUCCUUAUCAACCCACAACAGUAUGGCUGCAUUUCUGAUCUUGGUCUGGCUGCUGUAAUGAGUUCCCUACCUCCCCCCAUUUCCCGAGCUGCUGGUUACCGAGCACCAGAAGUGACAGACACUCGUAAAGCAGGACAGCCAUCGGAUGUCUACAGCUUCGGAGUCAUCUUGCUGGAACUGUUAACUGGGAAAUCUCCCGUUCAUGCUACAGGCUACGGUGAAAUGGUGCACUUGGUGAGGUGGGUCCAUUCAGUGGUGCGAGAAGAGUGGACAGCCGAAGUAUUCGAUAUAGAGCUGAUGAGGUAUCCAAAUAUCGAGGAGGAAUUGGUGGAGAUGUUGCAGAUAGCAAUGGCCUGCGUCGUCAGGAUGCCGGAUCAGAGACCUAAGAUGGCUGAUGUGGUGAAAAUGAUAGAGAAUGUCCGGUGCGUCGAAACCAACAAUCGGCCUCCCUCUGAAAAUAGAUCCGAAAGAUCAUCUCCAUUGCAACUGGCUGUUAGGUCCGGUCCUGUGCCCCUACAAUGAGCUCCUUCCCAUCAUCACCGUUGGUAAUACUUGUCACUCGUUUUUUUAACCUCAUUUCACUAAGUUCCACACUACUCUUGUUAUUUACUCUUUUCUUGCUAAUCUUGCCCACCUUCCGGUUCUUAGUGCGACCGAAUUUCUACCACUCAGCCUGCCCAGUACAUGUUAUAGCUAAAAUCACCGUUACGCCCGCAUCUGUCCUUGAAAUCUGUUUGCUAAUGCCCGCACAUGUUUGUGAUUCCGAGCAACUGAUCUAUGCUCGUGUUUGCAAGAACUCCCGGUUCCUACUUUUCAUCCUAGUUCCUUUUGAUGCUGCACGUCUGUUAGGAUUGGGAUGAAUUAUUGUGGA